AUGAAGAAAGGAGUAUCUUUUAUAUGGGACGAGGCUUGCCAGAAAACGUUUGAGGAGAUUAAGCAAUAUCUCUCCAAUCCACCGAUAUUGGUCGCACCAAAGUCUGGUAAACCUUUCUUGAUAUAUAUUCGGGCUACAGAUCAUGCAUUAGCAGGGCUCCUGGCACAAGAUGAUGAAAAUGGCCAUGAACAAGCCGUCUACUAUCUUAGUAGGACAUUAUCGGGUGCUGAACCUCGUUAUCCUCUCAUUAAGAAGGAAUGUUUGGCGCUGGUCUUCACAGUUCAGAAAAUACGACAUUAUUUGGUUGGGCAAAUCAUACAUGUUAUUUCUCAUAUUAAUCCUAUUCGGGUAUUCAUGACACAGCCCAGUGCAUUGAAUUGGCGACUCGCCAGGUGGGUUUUAUUGCUUUCCCAAUAUGACAUCCACUUUAAACCUCAAAAAGCAGUGAAAGGCCUGGCUAUCUGUGACCUUAUGGCUAAUCAUCCACUAAAAGAAAAGGUCGAAUUAUACCAGGACAUACCUGAUGAGGCAUAUGAAGCAAACAUCGUCUCUAGAGAACAAGUAUGGCAAUUGUACUUUAAUGGUGUAGCAAGGACAAGUUCUACUGGUCGGGUUAUAGCUAGAGUGGGGGUUGUCUUUAUCUCUCCCCAAAACCACAUACUCCUACGCGCCGUUUCUUUAACAGAGCCGUGUUCUAAUAAUAUGGUGGAAUACAAUACUUUGUUGGUUGGCUUGGAUAUAGCCAAGCAGUUGGGAGUGAAAUGCUUAGAGGCAUACAGUGAUUCUCAACUUAUUGUUAAUCAAAUGAAAGGAGAAUAUGAGGUUAGGAAUAAAGACCUCAUUCCUUACCAUGCCGCAGCAAUCGCAUUGGCCGAUUCCUUUGAGGGCUUUUACAUUAACCAUGUACCCCGUCUCAAGAAUACCUAUGUUGAUGCACUGGCGUCACUUGCGGCUACCUUAGCUCUACCUGAAGGAACUACCCAGCAGGUCACAUUGACAAGUAGACAAUUAUUCAAAUCAAAGUAUGCACUGCAGAUCAAUGCAGUUGAAGCGGAACCUUCAACACUCGAACAUAAAGAUUGGCGAUUUCCAAUCAUCGAUUAUGUCUUAUACGGCUUAUUGCCUGAAGACAUCAAAGAAAAAGAAUCUAUUCGUAGACGAGCACCUAGAUUCUACUAUGAUUCUCAAUCCCAGACUUUGUAUCGAAAGUCGUACGAUGGACUUUUGCUUCACUGUUUGUCAAAUAGGGAAGCAAAAGAAGCCCUUAAAGAGGCUCAUGGUGGCAUCUGCGGAGCUCAUCAGCCUGGUCCUAAAUUAUGGGAUCGACUACGCAGAUUGGGUUAUUAUUAG